AUGAAGGCCGCGUACAUCCUUUCUGCUCUGGCUGCCACUGCCACUGCCGCCCCUCUCAGCCUUCCUGGCGUGAGCAAUCUCCCCGCUCUCUCCAACCUCGAUGAGCUCCUCGGAAGCAAGCUGCCCGUAGUCUCCAACCUUGGUGACCUGAACGGUGUCCUCGGUGGUCUUCUCGGCAACCUUGGCGGCGGCAGCGGCUUGCCGCUUGGUGACGUCCUCGGCGGCGUGACUGGCAUCCUUGGAAGCGUCGGCGGCAACCUGCCCACUGGCACCACUGGUGCUAUCCCCUCCGGAGUUCCCACUCCUUCCACUGGCUCCAUUCCUUCCAGUGUCCCUUCCGCUGGCGGUAGCACCGGCAAGAUCCUCCAGGACCUCGCCCCUAAGCUCAACGAUGUCCUCACUGUCACCGGUCCCAACGCUAAGACCCUCCUGAUCAAGCUCUCCCCCGAGGUCACUGCCCUCGUCUCCGGCCUCGGUCUCCCUGGCCUCGGUGUCCCUCUCGGUGGUAUCGUUGCUUCCGCCUCUUCUGUCGGUGACCUCGUCACUGCCCUUGGCCCCCAGGUUGAAGGCCUCGUCACCGUCGUUGCCGAGGGUGUUGGUGCUCUCGUCAUUCAGCUUUCUCCUUCCGUUGCUGGUCUCGUCUCUGGUCUCGGCCUCCCUACCGUCGGCAUCCCCGUCGGUACCGUCCUUGCCACUGUUGGCAGCAGCCUGUAA